AUGGAUUCCAACGGAGAUCUUUAUAUCUCGGACUCAGAUAAACAUGAAGUCAAAAGAUGGAAAAUAGGAGAUAAAUCUGGAACUAUAAUUGCUGGAGGAAAUGGACAAGGAGAUCAACUCAAUCAUCCGACGCAUAUCGUUGUUGAUGAUGAUUACUCAAUUUAUGUAUCAGAUAAUGAAAAUCAUCGAGUUACCAAAUGGAUUAAAGAUGCUAAAGUAGGAAUUGUUGUUGCUGGUGGAAACGGUCAAGGAAAUAAAUUGAAACAAUUAUGUUAUCCGAUGGGUAUUGUCUUGGAUCAAUUGAAAAAUCUCUUUCUAGCUGAUUCACAGAAUAAUCGAAUUGUAUAUUGGCCUCCAGGAUCGAAAGAAGGUUUUACUGUCGUUGGUGGCAAUGGAAAAGGGCAAAAAGCAAAUCAAUUUAACUCUCCUAAUGGUUUAUCAUUUUAUCAACAAGAAAAUCUUUAUGUCGUAGAAUCGAACAAUGCUCGAAUACAAAAAUUCGAGAGAGACUUUAAUUAA